GAGGACGCGCGGAUCACGGUGCAAGGGUCUGAUCCACAUUACCACCGAUCACGUGUGCCUCUUGUGGCCGCUUAAAUAAUCGAAAUGACACUAGUCCAAGCAGCAGUUCAAUUUCACCGCUCAACUCGCCCGCUCGUUGCAGCAGCAGAAGCAGAGCCAUGCUCGUGUGCUGCAGGUUGCCUGCCUCGGUCGUCCGCAGGGGCCUCCACCAACCCCUCCUGCUCAGCGCGAGCAAAGCGACCACCUCCCUCAGCUGCAGAUACAUUACCAGCAUAAAUGAAAUCGAUGCUAAUAAUUCGAGUCAAUACGAAAUUCGUCGGUCUCUGGCCCAUUCGAUGGAGAGACAGGGUCGAGGCGUCUUUACUGACCGCAGCCAGCUGAAGAAGGCGAAAAGGAUUGUUGUGAAAAUGGGCAGCGCAGUCAUAACCAGAGCUGAUGAAUGCGGGCUUGCCCUUGGUCGCCUCGCCUCCAUCGUUGAACAGGUUGCAGAGUGCCAAAUUGAGGGCCGCGAAUGCCUCAUGGUCACCAGCGGCGCCGUGGCGUUCGGCAAGCAAAAACUUACCCAAGAGCUGCUCAUGUCACUUAGCAUGAGGGAAACCCUCUCGCCAAAAGAUCACACCAGAGACGUGAGCAAAAUCUCCAAAUUUUUUGGACAUGAAGCAGGCACGUUGCUUGAACCGCGCGCGGCGGCUGCUGUGGGCCAGUCGGGCCUCAUGUCGCUGUACGACGCAAUGUUCGCACAGUACGGGGUCAAGCUGGCCCAAAUUCUUGUCACUACUGCCGACUUCCGCAACGAGGAAACUCGGCGGAACUUGUUCAGCACCCUCACUGAGCUGAUCAGCCUCAAUGUGGUGCCCAUCAUCAACACCAACGACGCUGUCACCCCGCCGCCAAAGGAUGACGACGAUCAACAUGGAUUAAAUAAAAGACAGGUUAUUCGGAUUAAAGACAACGACAGUUUGGCCGCGCGCUUGGCAGCCGAAGUCCAGGCGGACUUGUUGAUUCUGAUGUCUGACGUGGACGGGAUUUAUACUUGUCCUCCGUCGCAGGAGGGCGCAAGGCUGAUUCGAACGUUUGCUCCGGACAUGUCGAGCCACGUCGAGUUCGGCGGAAUCAAGUCCAAAGUGGGCACCGGGGGAAUGGACUCAAAGGUCGAGGCUGCAACCUGGGCCCUGAAUCACGGCGUCGCGGUCGUGAUCUGCAACGGCAUGCAAGACAACGCGAUCAAAACUAUACUAGAUGGCAGGAAAAUCGGUACAUUUUUCACUGAGGUCAAAAGCAGCCACUUACCCAUAGAAACACUCGCGGAAAAUGCCAGGGAGGGUGGUCGCCGUCUGUUCCAUUUGUCCCCUGAGGAACGAGCUGGUGCUAUCAACCUGUUGGCCGACUUGCUUAUCUCCAAGCAGUCUACUAUUCUUGAGGCAAAUUCUGCGGACAUCGCUGAAGCAAAUAGAAGGGGAACAGAAAAGCCAUUAGUCGACAGACUAUCGCUCAACCCCUCCAAAUUAAAGAGUCUCAGCUCUGGUUUACGUCAAAUCGCAGAAACGAGUCACUCCAACCUCGGCAGGGUAUUAAAGAAGACCAAGAUCGCUGACAGCCUCGAACUUAGACAAAUAACUGUUCCCAUUGGAGUUUUACUGGUGAUAUUCGAGUCAAGGCCAGACUGCCUGCCGCAGGUUGCUGCUCUUGCAAUGAGUUCUGCCAAUGGCCUCUUGCUGAAAGGCGGCAAAGAAGCGUCUUACUCCAAUAAAGCCUUGAUGAAUUUGGUCAGCGAAGCGCUGGACUCGGUCGGCGCAGGCAACGCGAUAAAUUUGAUUUCAACGCGCGAAGAAAUUAGCGAGUUGUUGGCGAUGGAGCGUCACAUCGAUCUGAUCAUCCCGAGAGGGUCAAACGAAUUAGUCCGGUCGAUACAGGAGCAGAGCCAGAACAUUCCUGUCCUGGGCCACGCCGAGGGAGUGUGCCACGUGUACGUGGACAGGCAGGCAGACCUCACGAAAGCACUGAGAAUAGUUCGGGACUCAAAAUGUGACUAUCCUGCUGCAUGCAACGCAAUGGAGACACUCCUGCUCCACGAGGACUUGGUCAAGAACGGGUCAUUUUUCCUGGACGUUUGCAACAUGCUACGAAGGGAAGGAGUCAUCGUUCACGCUGGACCAAAUCUAUCGAAGUUGCUCACUUUUGGACCAACACCGGCGAAGUCAAUGAAAACCGAAUACGGCACGCUGGAGUGUGCAAUCGAAAGUGUGCCAGACGUCGAAGGUGCCAUUGAGCACAUCCUCCAGAAUGGCAGCGGCCACACAGACGUGAUCAUCACUGAGGAUGAAACAACGGCAAAAUCCUUUUUGAGCCAAGUGGACAGCGCGUGUGUAUUCCACAACGCGAGCUCUCGAUUUGCUGAUGGCUACCGUUUCGGACUGGGUGCUGAGGUUGGUAUCAGCACGGCUAGGAUUCACGCACGAGGUCCGGUUGGAGUGGAAGGUCUCAUGACAACCAAGUGGGUUUUGGUUGGAAACGGCCACGUUGCGUCUGACUUUGCAGAGGGAGGACCGUGCCAGUAUAUCCACCAGAAUAUUCCUGUAUGACUAAAGGCAUUGAAACAUAUGCUAAAUAUUAUCAAUAAAAAUAUUUGAAAAACUGGA